GAUGUCUAUGCAGUUGGUUCAAGCAAGAAAUUCUCCUGUUCAGAAAAAGCCAUCAGGUGCUGUAACAUUACGACCGCAAAUUCAAAUAGUCACUGUAGCUGGAAAUGGUAUCAUUCGUAAUGCCAUAACAACUCCUUCUAGAAUUUUGGCUCCUAGAACCACAACUCAAAUUGCUCCGGUUCGAAUAGCACCUCAAACUAGGGUCCAAUCGCCUGGACAAAUAGUUCUACCUCAGGGUAUUCGUCAGAAUGCAGUCAUUAUGAAAAGUGAUCAAGGUCAAUGGGUCUUAUUACAGAGUCAAACAGCUCAAAGGACAAAUGCUACAACUGUACAGCCUCUUACAACGUUGGUAAGACCAGCUCAGCAAUCGAUUUCACAUACUCAACAAGAGAAUACAAAAAAAUGCAAAAAUUUCUUACAAACUCUUCUUAAAUUAGCUUCUAAUCAACCUCAGUCUACGAUAAACAACGUCCGUCGGUUAAUUCAAAAUCUAAUAGAUAACGUUAUGAAACCAGAAGAAUUUACACGACUGCUUCAAAAUGAAUUAAAAUCGUCACCUCAACCAUAUUUGGUGCCUUUUUUAAACAAAUCUUUACCACUUUUGAGGAAUGCUAUGUUGCAUCAAGGUUUGGUUAUUGAAGGAAUUAAACCCCCAAAGACUGUUUCAACGGUUCAGACGAUUCAGGCACCGUCAACACCGAAAAUUAUUAAACAAAACGUUAGCAUCGGUAAUAUAGAAAAAGUAUCAACUUUAUCAACAAUAACAAAACCAAUACCAUCGCCGGUGACGGCUGUUAGUCCGAUAAAAAUAAAGAAUAAGUAUGAGUCGUCUAAAGAUGAUGACGAAUUCAACGACGUAGCAACAAUGGGAGGCGUAAAUCUGACGGAAGAAUCUCAGAAUUUAGCUUCAGUUAAAGAUUUCGGAACAGUUUUGAGAACUUACAAGGAUGAAUUAUUAUUAUCAACAACACCCUUAGAAUCUCUGUUGAGUAGAGAAAUGUUAGAAAAUGGUUUAGAUAUCGAACAAGACAAAACGAGUAUUGUCAAAGCUAUAUCUGAUGCCUGCCAACUACGCCUCACUCAGUUAAUGGAAAAGCUAAUUGUUUUAUCAGAGCAUCGAAUGGAAUUGUACAAAGGCCGGCGUGAUUUUGAACUAACGUCUGACGUUAGGUCUCAGCUAAGAUUCAUUGAAGAAGUAGACAAGGUCGAGAAAAAACGAGUUGAUGAAGCAGAGAAAGAACAGAUGAUGAGAGUUGCAAAGAGCCGCUCAAAAAAUGAAGAUCCAGAACAAGCAAAAUUAAAACAAAAAGCAAAAGAAUUCCAACAGUGGCAAGCAGAAGAAUUACGACAAAAAGAAGCCAAUGAAACAGCUCUUGCUGCUAUAGGGUCAAGAAAAAGAAGAUUAGAAGGUGAAAAAAAUAAUGAAUUAAACUCCCCCGCCAAUUCGAAUCAUGCAGGAAUCCAAAAUUUGGCUAAAGGUCGUCGAAAGCGAAUCACAAUUAAAGAAGUUCUUCAUAUUAUGGAAAAUGAUAAAUAUCUUGCGAAGUCGAAAUUAGCAUACGAAAUGGCAUUAAAGUAA